GUUGAAAUAAUUUUUUAAACAUAUAUAUAGAUGUAUAUUUGUUUAUUAAAUCGGGUUUCGCGUCGAUUUAUAGAGCGCGCAGAAUCAGAAAUAUUGAUGACAAAAGUACCCCAAAGUCCACAGUCAACCUCUCCGAGCUUACGUGCAGCUUUUCCUGCAGCCCAAUCUCCUUUUUCCCAACCGAAAAAUCAGUUCCCUCCGCACAGAAGACGCGUUUACUCCUGCUGCUACCAUUAUUUUUCUUAUUAUUGUAACUUAUUGACACAUUUUCUUCCCGCGUCAUCAUCCUCACAGAUUGCACAAGUAAUUUUCAUUUUGUUAACAAUGACGAGUACUUUAAUUCAACAGUUAGGUGUUUAAAGUGAAAUGGAAAUCCAAAGAGUAUGGACGUCUCGAUACACAGUUUUCACAAUUCUUUUCGUUCUGUUAUGCACUUACAAUUAUUUCCAACCCGCUGCUUUGGUCAAGGUGGUCAUAAUAAACAAUACUACGGUCAAACCAGUUCAAGAUAUUCCAAAAGUAAAUGACCCUCAAUUUCUGAUAAACACUCCCAAGUGUAAAAUAGCAAAUCUAGAUGUAUGGAAUGAAGAGGUGGCAAAAUUGUUCGCUAAAGAACCUUACGUUUACUGUUCAAAACAUCCCCUUUUGACCUACAUCGAAAAGAAUGCUACGUACGCAAAAGUAAAAAUAGACCGAAAAGUUGGACGUCAAUACACCAAAAAUUCGAUAAAAUGCUGUUAUAAAUGGUUGGAAAGGUCAAGCACUGCACCGAUCCCAGAUGAAAGUAUUACCAUAUCGAAGAACUGUAUAGAUUUUGAUGAAGAAGUGGUGAUAAACAAUAAGACUGUAAUGGUAACAUGUCGUGAUGCGAAAUAUUCGCGCUCAAUAGUGUACAGUAACGUCCACGUAGCAAUAACAAUUAGUAACAAACAAUACGUGAACAUGCAAAAAACUAAAGAAUCAUUUACAGCAAAUAAUACAAAACCGAUCAGUUUGUUAAUAAUCGGCAUCGAUAGUAUUUCCCGCUUAAACUUUUAUAGAACGAUGCCUACAACGAAGAAGUUUCUAGAUGAAAAUGAUUGGAUCGAGUAUAUAGGUUAUAACAAAAUGGGUGAGAAUACAUUUCCGAAUCUAAUGGCGAUGUUGACGGGGAAAUGUCCUGAUUAUGCGUAUAAACAAUGUGAUCCCACGAUACGUGGUAAAUUGGAAACGUGUCCUUUUAUUUGGAAAGAUUUUAAAAAUCUCGGAUACGUAACGGCGUAUGGGGAAGAUGAGGAUGCGAUAUCUACGUUUAAUUAUAAGAAAAAAGGGUUUGUCAAGAACCCGACCGAUUUUUAUUUCAAAACUUAUAUGCACGGCGCUGCGAAAUUAACGACAAAAAUCGUUGAUGAUAUGCAUUAUUGUACUGGUCCGGAACAAAGCGGAGAGCGAAUUUUAAAUCUAGCAAAAGAUUUUUCAAAAACUUUUUAUGGGCAUCCGAUGUUCGGUUUAUUUUGGAUGAAUAGUUUUAGUCAUAACAGCGUUAAUUCACCCACUCGCCUUGAUAAAAAAGUUGCGUCUUUCUUCAAAGACCUCAAAAACGAUGGAAUUUUAAACGAGGUGAUGAUUAUUUUUGUCAGCGAUCACGGAAUGCGAUUCGGUAAAGUUCGACAAACUACAAGCGGUUGGAUAGAAGAGAGAUUGCCUUAUUUAUACUUCUGGGUACCACCUUGGUUGAGACAAACACGUCCAAAAGAAUACAAUAAUCUUCGAAAUAACGCGAAGCGUUUAACUAGUCCAUACGAUAUGUAUAUGACAAUACAAGAUAUAUUGGUGCUUUCUAAUUUUACUUAUGCUCCUAUACAAAGCGACAGUUGCCCUAUGUGCCAAUCACUUUUUAAAGAAAUUCCAGAGCCUCGAUCUUGCGAAGAAACUGGAAUAAGCACACAUUGGUGCACUUGUAAUGGUUAUGUGCCAAUAAAAACAGACAACAAAUUAGUUGGUCAAUCUGCUAACAUUACCCUACAAUGGAUUCAAUCCAAAAUACAAGAAUUAGUUCCCGGCACAAAUAAAUGCGCAAGUUAUACAUUAGCAAAAAUUAUGAGUGCUAGUUUAUCUGCCGAUUCUAUUAAUACAAAUGAUAACACCACAAGCACGCACAUAUUGUUGAUGUUUGAAACAAAACCUAAAGCUAUUUUCGAAUCAACAGUUACUGUAACAAAAAGUAAUGUUAUUGAUGAUAAUACUAGUAGUAGACAAACCUUUAAGGUAUUAUACGUCAGCAGAUUGGAUGAAUAUAAACCACACAGUGGUUGUAUAGAAGAUGCAAGGGCCAAAAAUUAUUGUUAUUGCAAAAAGCAUUAGAUAAUUAUCGAUAGUUAUUAAUUAAAUGACACAAAUGAACGAAUGCUGAAUAAAUCGUCGAUUUCUUUUUGCUUCGUUUGGAUGUCCCAAAUAAAGUAUGUGUGCCGAAGAUUCCCAUAUUUGGUCGAUCAUCUAGGACACAUUUCUAAAAAAAACUCUUUCACCUUUUUCUAUCUCUAUCAAGAAAAUCAAAAUAAUUGAGAUCUAAACUAUUGGUACUAUUUUUCAGUAUUAUUAUUAGAAUUAAAAAUAGUUAGAAAAGAAUAUCAGUGCCUUCCACUCUGUACUUAAGGUUAAUUUGUUUAUAAAAUGUAAUAUGUAUAUAUUUAUAAAUAGAAUGAUGUAGUUUAUAUUGAUUUUACUUUAUAUGAAUGAAAUUAAAUAAAUUAAAUAAAGAGUU